AUGUCGACUGAGAAGAAACCCCCAAUCACAUGCCACGCUCUCGACACCACCAUCGGCAAACCUGCGGCAAAUAUACCGGUCGUUCUUACCUUGCUCAAUCCAUCCUCGUCUUCCGACUCAUCGCUGAAGUUCAGCGCAACCACAAACGCCGACGGUCGCGUCACAACUUGGAAGCCUGCGAGCCCAUUUUCAAGCCAGGGGUUGGAGGAGGUGUUUCAUGAGCAGGGGGACAAGAAGUAUAGCUUGACAUUCGGCACUGAGGCAUACUUUGGAGGGAGAGGGGUUGAUACUUUCUUUCCGGAGGUUGUUGUGCAGUUUGUGGUGAGGGAGGGGCAGAAGGGGGAGCAUUUUCAUGUGCCGGUACUUUUGGGGCCGUUUGGGUAUACGACGUAUCGGGGUUCGUAG